AUGUCCGACACGACCCAGCCUCCUAUGAACGGCAACUACCCCGCGCAACAUGCGUAUCCUGACUCCUACAACCACGCCCAUACUGCCGUGACCAGUGUGUCCAACUUUCAGCCAGCGCAGUCAUCUACCCCCACCAAUGCCCCUCCUAACGACCAGAAGAAUGGAAUAUCUAAGGAUGAGGUUGGGUGGUACUUCGUUGAGCAGUACUACACCAACAUGAGCCGUAGCCCAGAGAAGCUGCACCUCUUCUACUCCCGGCGGUCGCAGCUCGUCUUUGGUACUGAGGCAGAGUCGGUUCCUGUCGCAGUCGGCCAAAAGGCAAUCAACGAGAAAUUCAAGCAACUUGACUUUCAGGACUGUAAAGUUCGUGUCUUGAACGUUGAUUCUCAGGCAUCGUUUGACAACAUCCUGAUCUCCGUCAUUGGUGAAAUUUCCAACAAAUCCGAGCCGUCCCGGAAGUUUGUGCAGACUUUCGUGCUCGCCGAGCAGCCCAACGGCUACUAUGUUCUCAAUGAUAUCUUUCGGUACUUGGUCGAUGAGGAGGAGAUUGUAAAUGAGGAGGCAGCUCCGGCUGAAGCCCCCUCCGCUGCUGCGGCCCCUGCUGAAGAGCAGGUCGCGGAGCCUGCCGAGGAACCUGCCGCUGCUGAGGCUGCACCUGAAGUGACCGAAGCCCAGGUUACUAACGAAGCUGCUGUCGCUCAGGUGGACGAGAAACUUGAGCAGGCCCAGGAGAAUGGCGAACCAGCACAGGUCAACGGAGCUACUGCGGAAGAGCCGGAGGCUCCACAAGAAGCUCCUGCCCUGGUCGAGCCUGAAUCUGCGGCGCCGGAAAAGCCCACAACUCCUCAGCCCACCCCAGCUGAGCCUGUGAAGAAGGAGGCUCCUGCGCCUGAAAAGGAGACCGCUGCCCCAGCAAAGGCUGUUCCCAAGACCUGGGCCACCAUUGCAUCUAAAUCCGGGGCUUCAGCUCCUGUUGUCCCUGCUAUUCCCGUCGCCCCGCCUAAGCCUACUCCUGCUCCUGCCGCAUCUCAGCCUUCCCCUGCUCCUACCCCAUCCCAGCCUGCUCCUACUGCUGCUUCUGCUCCUGCAGCUGCCGCGGCUGAAAGCACUCUCGAGCAGCCGACUUCCACUGACGGUGCUGGCUGGCAAACUGCUGGUCACGAUCAUAAGAAGACCCAAUCUCGUGCCGCCGAAGAGCAGAACGUCCUUGCAUACAUCAAGAAUGUCAAUGAGAAGGUUGAUGCAAGCUUGCUCAAGCAAACUCUCUCUCGUUUCGGAAAGCUCAAGUACUUUGACGUGAGCCGCCAGAAGAACUGCGCCUUCGUUGAGUUUGCGGAGCCUGCCGGUUACGCAGCUGCCGUCGCUGCAAACCCUCACCAAAUCGGAUCCGAACAAAUAUUCGUUGAAGAACGUCGUCCCCGCGGUAAUGCUUAUGGUGGCAAUGCUAACUACGGUGCUGGCCGUGGUGGCGCAGGUCGUGGCCGCGGUGACCGUGCUGGCAACCAGGGCCGUGGUGGCUUCCAGCGCGACGGACGUGGCGGCUUUGCUCCCCGUGGCCGUGGAGGAAACGUGAACGGCAAGCCCCGCAACCAGCCUCAGGCUGCUUAA